CCUCAACUGGAUCGGGCUGUUCUGCUUAGGUUCUGAGUAUUUUAGUGAGACGAUAAAGAUGCUGAAUCUUGCGGGUGUAGAGUAAGCAAAGUCAACGCUUCAAAAUUCGAAACCCUGAAGUUCAGAGGUAAAAGGAUGAGAUGGGACACAUUUCUUAGAGGUAAUAUAAAGGAUGCCUCCUCCCGGAUUGUGUCGUUGCAGCCGCCAUAUGUCGCCGCAAGUCGGCGUAUGGUAUAAUGUACGACCCGGCCAGUGUGUCUGGCUUCGUAAUCGUUCUCCGGAGAUGCAAGACCAUCAGGUCAAUCUCUUCCGCCUUAUAUGGCUCUCCGUUUUUCCUGCGAAAGAUGUGGGUUAGGCAGGUACUCUUAAGCUAUUUGGGUGGAAUAGAUUUUCGGGGAUGCUCUCCAUAGACAAACUGGGCGACUAUUGAAAACAUUCAGCUUAUAAGGCUAGAGCUGCGCUCGUAUUCUACUGCGAGCAGGUAGCAGUCAUUCUUUCGGAAGUCUAUAGAUGUGCCUUACUAUGCUGGCUGUGACGCCUGCUAUUAUCCUCUUCUUCCUGUAUUUCUUCUUGGGCGUUUUCUCUUGCGCCUUCAGUUUCUUCUUCGAUUUUCGGUGCACUAGGUACCCAUCAACAGACGUACACUCCUCACCAUUUGCAAGGUACAUCCAGGCGGACCCCCUCAGAGCUGUCGCGAAUUGUGUUCGGAGUUGCAUCUCCGUCAAAUUAUUGGCGCUCGUCGUGUGGGAGCUUGCGAAGCUCUUCUCCAGCUGUGUAGCAUCGCAUGGUUUUGCCACAAGUCCAGAAGAUGGCGAGCUGCGUCUUUGGGCUUAAGCCAGAGCCUCGAAUCGUGUAAAUCGAACAGCCGAUAAUUCUCGUUCCUGUUCACGUGGAUGAGGAGGUACUCAGAUAGAUGCUUGUUGCUGCCUAUGAGUGUCAUGUUGUGGCAUGCUUCUUUUUUGGUUAUAAUUGUACUCUUCACAAACCUUAACCAAGUGGAUUUGUUCAAGUUCUCGCUAGCUUUGAACUGAAUCGGGAGCCAUCUAGUAGUAUCCUUAGUCCUCAGCCUCUUAGGACAGACACAAAAGUCAGCACUCAUCUCUCCUAGUUUUUUAACGUGUAAAUCAACAGAAAAUGCAUCACGUAGCUCCUGAAAAGCUCUCUCUUCUAUCUUCCUUGGCUCUACGCCCAUCUUAGUCUAUGUCGCUUAUUGAAUAGCGUGGCUUGUCGCUGUUGGUCAUCUGGGUGCCUGGUUUAUAUUUCGCACAGAGGUGGGCAUCUGGAUGGCGUAAUAGGAUAGUCCAGGCGCCUAUUAGGAUUUGGCUCGCAGGCUUGAUGAUUCUAAUAGUUUCAAGUUGAAUGUAGUCAGUGCCUGAGCUCUGAUCUGCGUGACUACUGUGGUAGGACCUCGAUCGUAUUCCUCUUCGAUAUGAUUCAUCUUGACCCUGAACCACGUCUCAAUAUCCUCCAGGAACCUCGCCAUUUCCAUUCAAGUUGCUCUUUCUGGUGACGUUUUGCCUGGACGUUGUGAGCCCGUUGCGAGGUGGGGCCCAAGUCGUCCAGAACCUCCGGAUCCUCCG